AUACUACAAUCGGAAAUUAUGGCCAUGCGUAGCACAAAACUAAUCAAAAAAAGCUAUAAAAUUACGAUUUUAAGUAUCCACAUGUACACGUCCAUUUAAUUAUUUUACUACUCAUCGUAUACACUGGCGAAACCUAGUCAUUGUUCAAGCAUUAGCACCAUUUUGAGCCAUAAAAAAUAAGUUUAAAACUAUUAAAAAAAAUUACGUUAAAAGUUAAAACUAGAUCACAACUUGUCUUUGUAACUUAAUAAAAGUACCUACAUUUAUUAGUAGUCACAUAUAUUGUGUUAAAUUAUUUUUUAUUAAUAAUAAUGUGGAGGAAAAUGUGUUACGUCGCACUUAUUUUAAUUAUAUAUGUGUAUAAAAGUUCGCAACUAUCGUACGGCGAUAUCGACAAAAAAUAUUACCUCGUAACGGAGGCCCAUAACUUGUCUAAAAUGAUCUUCAACCGAGGUAGAAACAAUUACAAUGAGCUCAAACAAAAAUCCUUGGACACGAUCGACACGUUUCUAGAUUUGGUGAAGAUUAUGAACGACAUUAUGGGACGAGAGUUGCGGGGCGCCAUUGUGAAGUUUUAUAAAAUAAAAUAUUUUCACGAUUUCACGAAUUAUAUGAUAUCGAUGGAGGAGAUAGUAAACAUUACAGAGCAUUGUCUGAUAGAGCCGUUGGAAAAGCUGGCAGACCUCAGGGACCAGUUUCACGACGUCAUUAAGAAUUUUGAGGACGUCAGGAAUUUUGACUCGGUCAAUAAAUGCAACGACCAACUGCCGGACGAAGUCGCUACAGCACAUUGUAUUCUUCACCAAGCUGUGUUAUUCAACGAAGUAAUGCAACAGAGCCUUGGCACCAUAGUGACCGUGAAGACCAGACAACACGCCCAAGACAUGAACGAGUCUAUUUACAACGUGCAGACAUGUUUAAACAACUUCGUGCCGAAGUUUUUCGACCAACUGCUGGUCGACGUUUAUACGGACGAAUGCGAGUAUUUAAAGGUGGUGAAUGCGUCGAUCACAGACUUGAUGAAGGACAAGGCCAACGUGACACAGUUCCCGAGCAAGUGGAAGCCGUUAACGGAUCUGCUUAAAGCAAAACUAAAAUCGCCGAGCCACGUGUUAAACCAGCCAAUCUUUGCAACGAUAUUCGCCAUUGUCAACAAUGCAAGUGACGACGCAACGAGAAGACUACACUAGAGGGCGCCACCAGUUUCUUAGGGAAACUAUUGUAAAUACCUAUUUGUGUAAAGAGCAAAGUUGGUUUUUGCUGCGAAUGCUAAUAUUUCUCCUCCUAAUAGUCCUGGGUGCGUAGCCAACAUGCCAAUCAUAUUAAAUAUAUUAAAAACGGGUCACUCACGUAUUUUAAUUCGAAAAACGCUCGACAUGUUUCACUCCGUACCGAGGAGUAUCAUCAGGAGCUUGCGUUUACGGUGACGGACCGGCGCAGACUGCGGGCCGCAGUUCUCCGCGCCCGAUGACUCGGCGCAGGCGCCGGUGGCGGCAGGGUGGGCGAGAAACUACCCUCAUUUAUGGCCCGUGACCCGUUUUUAAUAUAUUUAAUAUGUCUGUGUCUCACGAAAGUUUUGUUAUUAAAACAUGCCAAUCGUUUACGCUCCGUAGCGAACGAAACGCAACUGCCAUCGUCGCAUAUGGAAGUGAUAGAGAGACACAAAGCGUUUCGUUGUCGUAGCGCAAGCGAUUGUCACCUUGGCUAGUCACCCUUAGUAAGCGAAAGAUUCUAUUUCUAUCCUCCUAAAGCCAGGGUCUACAAUGGCAGGCCAUGCAAAUGAAAAAUACAGAAUUUGCCACUGAUGUUUGAACCUUUAGUGCAGGGAAUAGAGUUGAUUUUGGUUUUGUUUGAAAAUUGAACGGAACAAUACAAAUGCGACUCUGUUCCAAUUGAAUAUGAUUUAAAUUCCAUCGAACUGAAUAAAUACUAUAUGUAGGACCUUGGGCCUUAGGAGGAUAUAAUAGAAUCACGAGCGUAGCGAUAAUAAGUGUAUGAUUUCGGAUUUAAUUUAUUUUUGUAAUGUGUAGGUAUAUCUUAAUUUAACACAU